AUGGAUGAGUUUUUUAUUGAAUGUGUCCGACAAUAUCCGUGUCUUUGGGACACAAAACUGAUUUCAUAUAAACAAUUAGACGUGAAGGACGUAGCUUGGAAAGACAUUUUAAAGAAGACAACAAGUGGACAGUCACAAAAACAAAUAAAACCCUGGAAGUACAUGAGUCACAUGGAAUUUUUUCUUCCAUAUAUGACAAAUGCGGAACGAGAUACAAAUGUUACACCACAUCCUGAUAUUUCGACAAGUUUCGAGGAAACAUCUAAUACAGAUGUUAGUAGAGAUUCAGCAGAUACGAUAACAGCUCCAAAAAAAAGGAAGACGGAUGAAAUAAUUCAUAAUGACGAAGAUUUGUUAAAUUUUUUAAAAGAUAUGGAUGAUAAUCGAGCAAAACGAACUGCGCAGAGGGAUGAGUUACGUAAAGAAGUACUAACAUCAAGUGAUCCUUUAAAAGCUUUUUUUGAUUCAAUGUAUCAUAGUACAAAGCAGAUGCCGGAGUAUUAUCAAAGAACAAUAAAAAGAAAGUUGUUUCAAUUGGUAAUGGAUGCUGAAGACAAUAUUGCUAAUACAAACUAUUCAUAUACCGGUUACUACUCAAACGAUUAUUCUUACAACUCUCGCCCUUCUACGAGUCAGACAAAUUUUUCUUCUGGACACGGUUCUGCCUCACCUGAACCCAGCGGUUCUGGUGUGCAGCAAAUUGGAAUUGGAGAACAUACUACUCGUAGCCAAAACGAAGAGAUCCAAGAUUCAAUGUUCUCCGCUGAAAUCACUCCAAGCGAUGGAGCCUUACCUUAA